CUGCGACUAUUGGCUAUUUUAGCCAUCUCGAGGUUUGUCGAUGCGCGACCUAUGAAGCACUACGAAGGAUUAGCAGAGACAUACAUACAAGCUUUCGGGUCGAAUAUGAUAGCCAACGAUACUGAUUCCGUGGCUCAACCUUCGUCCGUUACGUCUACCUCGAAUGCGAGUCAGACCAAAUCGGCAUGUAAGCCGUUCAAGACGCCAGCAGCGCCUCCGCACUGCCUCAUGAUGGCUGGUGAGCUCGUAUGCCACGGUCAGUCGCUGUACUGCAGAUACCCUACAGAUUGGGGUGUUGGUUAUGAUUCAGUUGGGGAGUGCUGGACUUGUUAAAUCGCUAGUUUAGGAGGAACAUGGAUACAUGGAGUUUUAUUGAGGUUGAAUUUGUUAAGAAUCUCGUUUCGGCCGAUGGCGUCAAAUGGGAAUACCCAACCCUGAGUCCGAUGAGAGAUCGAGCAAUCAGCGAAUACGGCGAAUCGGAGUUGGCAGGGACUUGAUGGUCUUGCAGACACAGCUGAGUGUGGUAGCACCACCUUUCAUCCAUCCGGAUCAUUGGUGUAAGAUCUUGACGUCCAGACUCCAGAAAGACCAUUGGACUCGGGGGUCUAUUUCUGUUUGGUAGGUACCUAGGUAGUAAUGGGAUAUUAUGAGAUA